GGUAGAUGGUAGGUAAAAAACGAAAGGGGGUGGGGGGUUUGGAGAUGCGUAUAAAAGCUUUAGCUGUUUAGAAUGACGACAUAUUCCUCUGGAGAAAAUUCAGAUUAUACCAAUUUCCCUGUAAUCUGACACACCGUCAGGCAGAUCAAACGCUGGAGGAUGAGGAGCCUUCUGCAGUUCCUGGCACUCUGUGCCGCGGUCUCUUUCUGCGUCUGCUAUGAUUCUCAUGAAAGCACAGAAUCCUUUGAAGAUUUGUUUGUUCCUCGAAACCGAGCCAACUCGUUCAUAACUACACAGAGGCGCAAUGUUUUCAACCCACCCAGAGGCACCGCCAUCAACCGGUUCAGCGUCUGGAGGCCCAGAAAGUCUCCAGCCGAGAUGCGUGCGGAGACCUGCGAGGACUACUACCCCUGCCGCCUCUACGCCUAUCACUCUGGCUACCAGCAAGCCUACCAGAAAUACUUCGGAGCUCGAAAUCGACUGCCACAGGCCUACAGACCAGCGGGGAGUCGUGGCUUCUAACCCCCAAAACGCAGUUCACCACCCCACAUACACUUUAAUUUACCUGCUGUUAACUUUGGUUUUGGGAAGCUUCCAGUGUUGCUCAAAUCCCCUUACAACCCCAAAUUAUGCAAGCUGCCAUUACAGCCGUGUAGAACCUCCCCGCUCAUCUCUUCCUUAAUCUCAGGAUAACUUGAAUCUGCAGUUAUCACACCUUCCCACCACUUUGGGGCUUUGCGGGAUGUGCUUGAACCAUGUGUUUUGCCAUUUAUUAUUAUUUUUUCGUUAUUUUUAUAACCAAUAUAAUCAAGACCUGCUCUGCUGUCAGGGAUUUUAUCAGAUUUUAUCAAAAAUAUUGAGAAAUUUGCAUUUGUUGGGGACAUUUGUAUGUUUUGUGUCAAAUAAACAAGCAUUUUGGAAAUCAG